CUCUCCUCUCCUCUCCUCUCCUCUCCUCUCCUCUCCUCUCCUCUCCUCUCCUCUCCUCUCCUCUGUUAGCUCUGUGUGUGACCUGGAGGGAGGGUUGUGUAACCUAGAUGUGUGUGUGUGUUUGUGUCGUGGUUGUGAGUAUGUUACCUCCCGGGUGUGUGUAGCGUGUGUUUUGCAAGGAGAGUGUUAGGAGUGUGUAUUCCUUUGUGUGUGUGUGUGUGUGUGUGUGUGUGUGUGUGUGUGUAGUGUACCAUAAUGAGUGCAGCAGGAGUGGAGCGACGGAGGCCGACCUCAGCACAGACCCCUGAGGAGAGAGAGGGGGGAGAGGGAUGGGGUGAUGCAGGAAGAGAGGAGAGAGAGGAGAGAGAGGGAUGGAGCCAGCCAGGGAGGGCAGGAUGGAGGGAGGGCAGAGAAAGCGGUGUAGUGCAGAGUUAUAGCUUCGACUCGUACCAGCUGGAGGAAGAGGAGGGGACCAAGAGCGUGCCGGAGAGAGGGGUGCUGGCCCUGGCAGAACCAGCCUUUGAGGAGCCAGUCCCCGAUGACCGUUACCAUGGUAUCUACUUUGCGAUGCUAUUGGCUGGUGUGGGCUUCCUGCUUCCCUACAACAGCUUCAUCACUGAUGUGGACUACCUACACCACAAGUUCCAGGGAUCCUCCAUAGUAUUUGAUAUGAGUCUGGUGUAUAUCGUGGUGGCUCUGGUCGCUGUCAUAGUAAACAACAUCCUGGUGGAGAGAAUCAGUUUACACACUAGAAUCACAGUGGGUUACCUGUUUGCUCUGGGUCCGCUGGUGUUUGUCAGCGUGUUUGAUGUGUGGUUGGAAUCCUUCACUACCAGACAGGCUUACGUCGUCAACCUCUUCUCCGUUGGGGUGGUCGCCUUCGGAUGUACAGUACAGCAGUCCAGUUUCUAUGGUUACAUGGGGAUGCUGCCCAAGAGAUACACACAGGGGGUGAUGACUGGAGAAAGUACAGCAGGUGUAAUCAUCUCUCUGAGUCGUAUCUUCACGAAGCUCCUGAUCAGUAACGAGAGAAUAAACACACUCAUCUUCUUCCUGGUUUCCAUCACCAUGGAGAUGCUCUGCUUCCUUCUCCACCUCAUUGUCCGUCGCUCACGAUUCGUCCGCUACUACACAGGCCCCACCCACCGGGGUCACGGCCAGGGGAUAGGUCAUGACAUCGGGUCGGAGGUCAGCGGGACGGGAUACAGGGUUCACCACGACGUCACUACAGAGGAAGUAAGAUUUGGUAACGGAGUGGCGGCGACGACGUCGCCAUCUGAUGACGUCACGGAUGAGUUCACGGGAGGGACGUACGUUCGGUUUGGAAUUCCUAAAGACAAGAUCCGGAGAAGCUGGCCUGGACUACAAGAUAUGUUUCUUCACAGGUACAUCGUUGCCAGGGUGAUCUGGGCCUACAUGUUGUCUAUAGCAGUGACCUACAGCAUCACUCUGUGUCUGUUUCCUGGUCUGGAAUCAGAGAUACGCAACCCAACCCUGGGGGAGUGGCUACCUAUACUCAUCAUGGCCACAUUCAACAUGGCCGACUUCGUAGGCAAGAUCCUGGCUGCGUUGCCCUAUGAGUGGACGGGGGUUUACCUGCUCCUCUUCUCCUGCCUGCGGGUGGUCUUCAUCCCUCUGUUGGUGAUGUGCGUGUACCCUUCCUCCACCCCAACCUUGUCCCACCCCGUCUGGCCCUGCCUCUUUUCUCUCCUCAUGGGCGUAACCAACGGUUACUUCGGAUCAGUCCCCAUGAUUCAGGCUGCUGGGAAGGUCCCGCCGGAACAGAGAGAACUAGCAGGUAACACUAUGACUGUAUCGUACAUGACAGGGUUGAUGUUGGGAUCAGCUGUGGCCUACGCUGCCUAUAGCUUCACUGCACCGGGCUCAAACACACACACACACACCAACAUCACCACAGGGUACUGAACACACACACACACACACACACACACACACACACACACACACACACCACACACACACACACACACACAGAGCCCAGAAAAGGCCUCAGCGAAGAGGAGUCCCUCAAGACUGACAGGAUACUGAACUCCAGCCUGACCUCUAACCUUUGACCCCAGGAUGUUAUCCUGGUCCACCUCCUGAUCCUCCUCGUCUAUACUGCUGAGCUUUCUGCUCUGCUCGGGGAGACAGAAUCUCUGAUUGGCUUUCUGCUCUGCUCGGGGAGACAGAAGCUCUGAUUGGCUUUCUGCUCUGCUCGGGGAGACAGAAGCUCUGAUUGGCUUUCUGCUCUGCUCGGGGAGACAGCGUGAACAGAAUCUCUGAUUGGCUUUCUGCUCUGCUCGGGGAGACAGAAUCUCUGAUUGGCUUUCUGCUCUGCUCGGGGAGACAGAAGCUCUGAUUGGCUUUCUGCUCUGCUCGGGAGACAGCGUGAACAGAAUCUCUGAUUGGCUUUCUGCUCUGCUCGGGGAGACAACGUGAACAGAAUCUCUGAUUGGCUUUCUGCUCUGCUCGGGGAGACAGAAUCUCUGAUUGGCUUUCUGCUCUGCUCGGGGAGACAGAAUCUCUGAUUGGCUUUCUGCUCUGCCCGGGGAGAAUCUCUGAUUGGCUUUCUGCUCUGCUCGGGAGACAGAAUCUCUGAUUGGCUUUCUGCUCUGCUCGGGGAGACAGAAUCUCUGAUUGGCUUUCUGCUCUGCUCGGGGAGACAGAAUCUCUGAUUGGCUUUCUGCUCUGCUCGGGGAGACAGAAUCUCUGAUUGGCUUUCUGCUCUGCUCGGGGAGACAGAAUCUCUGAUUGGCUUUCUGCUCUGCUCGGGGAGACAGAAUCUCUGAUUGGCUUUUCUGCUCGGGGAGACAGAAUCUCUGAUUGGCUUUCUGCUCUGCUCGGGGAGACAGAAUCUCUGAUUGGCUUUCUGCUCUGCUCGGGGAGACAGAAUCUCUGAUUGGCUUUCUGCUCUGCUCGGGGAGACAACGUGAAGAGAAUCUCUACUUGGCUUUCUGCUCUGCCCGUGUGACAGCUAUGACAUGAUGCAUUACAUUAUCCUUGCCUUUUCCGUCAGUAUUCUACAGCGGGUCGAGAUGCGGAACCUACUAGUGCUAAAAGUCUGUCUUUAUUCUUCAGGGUUCAUGUAAAUAUAAAGUUGUGAAUGUAAAAAAAUAUGAAAUAAAAAAAAUGUAUAACUGACAAACAUUAAAAAAAUACAAUGUGUAAAUA